GCUUGUACCAAAAGAGAGGUAAAAAAAACCCCAAACAAAAUUAUGCUCCCGAAAAUCGUUUAAUAUUUUAAAACGGUAUCGUUUUUUUUUUUCGUCUCCAGACAAGACGGUUAACGAGGCGCGUAUCAACAACCCCCAAUAAAAACACGAUAGUGCGGCGGGCAUGACGUGCGUGAACGGUUUCUGGCCAAAGUCUCGCUCCCGAUUACAUCGUACGCGACCGGCAGGAUCCUAAGAAGGGGUCAAAGUACAGCACAAGUCACGGAAGUGUCCGCAAGCAAAGGAUGGUGCUGGCAAGGAAGUGGAUGUACGUGCGGCGCCCGGAAGGGGAACCGAAGGAGACCGAUUUCGCGCUCAAGGAGGAGGAGCUGCCGGCCCUCGAGGCGGAAGAUUUCCUCGUCGAGACGGAGUACUUCAGCCUGGAUGCGGGACUGCGCGGGUACAUGGAGCUCGGGGCCCUGCCCGUCGGCAGCCCCGUCAUCGGGAUGGCCCUCGCGAAGGUGAUCGAGUCGCGGAACGCCCAGUUCCCGGUCGGUGCGGUCGUCUGUGCCCGGCUCGGCUGGGUCACGCACGCCGUCCUGAACCAGCAGCAGCAGAAGGAGCUGCGGCCGUACAUCGUGCCGGAGGUGGCGGGCCAAUCGCGGGCGGUCGGGCUCGGUCCGCUCGGCCUGUCCGGCAACACGGCGUACUUUGGCCUGCUCGAGAUUUGCAAACCGAAGCCGGGCGAAACGGUGGUGGUGAGUGCGGCGGCCGGUGCCGUCGGCAGCCUGGUCGGCCAGAUCGCGAAGAUUAAGGGCUGCCAUGUGGUGGGGCUGGCCGGCACGGAGGAAAAGUGCGGGUGGCUGCGCGAGCUCGGCUUCGACGCGGUCGUCAACUAUCGGGCCGGAUCGGUGCGGGAGCAGCUGGCCGCGGCAACGCCCCGCGGCGUCGACUGCUACUUCGACAACGUGGGCGGCGAGCUGACGGAGCUGGUGCGCGAGCGCAUGAACCUGUACGGGCGCAUCUCGGUGUGCGGCGCCGUUUCGAGCUACAACGGGCAGCCGGCCCAGGUGGCCGACCCGCAGCGCGACUACGUCUCGAAGCAGCUCCGGCAGGAAGGGUUCGUCGUCUUCCGGUGGCUGCCCCGCUGGAUGGAGGGCAUCGGCCAGAUGCGCGAAUGGCUCGAGCAGGGCAAGCUGGUCCACCGGGAAACCGUGUACGAGGGGUUCGACAGUGCGCCGCGCUCGUUCAUCAGCAUGCUGCAGGGCGGCAACAUCGGCAAGGCGGUCGUGAAGGUGUAGUGCGCGCCCCGCCCUACCGCUGUCGCUCUUUGCACGGGGGCGCCGGCUCGUUCCCUCCGCCGUGGUACCGCCGGCAGUGGUUCUUCAGCAGACACUUGUACUG